CCAAAAUGUCUGCGCCCAUGAAAAAUGUGUCCUCUCUGGGAAAACUAGUUUUUGAGAGAUCUUCCUUUUUAAAUGAGAAAGAAAAACAUAAGGAACGUAUUGUGGAACAUUCAUUUAAUUCUUCAGUUCAUAUCAUGCUACCAGAGUAUGCCAAGAUUCCUACAUCAGUAGACAACCUGUUAGAUGGCCAGUUGGCGUAUCUUGCAAAGCAAGUACCUCUACAAACAUUGGUUGACAUAGAGUUUAUAGAUGGCUUCAUUAAAGGAGGUAGUGUACUUAUGAUAUCACAUGGAACAGCGAUAGAUACAGACAAUUGUGUUGCUCUACUGCCUACAGGGAAACUUGUGUUGAACUUGUGCAAAGAUACAUAUCAGAAGUUUGGUAUAAAUGGUCAGCCGUCACAUGUAGACAAGAAUACAGGAAAAUUUGUGGUACAAGUGGAUGUCUUGGCAGAGAAGUUUCAUCCAGGACAGAAGCUGUAUGACCGUGUUAAACGGUGUCUUGCGCAACUUCCCUUCUUUAAUUUAUUAGUCACAUGGAAAUCUAACAAUGAAAAAGUGUGUACAUCUUCUAUCCAGAACUACUUUGUGUCAAAUAACAUACAAUGUAGCCGAGUGAAGAUGUCCAAAACGUUACAUAAGUUUACAGAUAUGAGGGUACCUAUCAUAGAUUCGGAGAUACUCUGUCCUAGCAAUGACCAACAAGCAUGCGGCUAUGAGGAGAUGUUUGAAUGGUUGGGUGCUUGUGCUGUGGGCAUAGACAUGUAUGAAGAAGAUGGGUAUGUAUCAACAUAUUCUUGUCCCAGUCCUAACAGAGAGGUGAAAUGUUGUGUUGGCUGUCAGUACCAGGGAUUUUUUCAUCCAGAAACUGUCCAGCAAACAGUAGAUCUACUAAGGAAAUACAUGAAAGAGAAGAACCUGCCGUGGUGCAGUGUUACAGUCCAUGGUUUUAUGGACACUCCCCUCUCCUGGAAAUAUGACCAUGGUUUCCAUAGAAACGGUGACAAUCUAUACACACUACUCAUGUUCAGGAAUGAAGAUUAUUGGAUGUUUUCAGGGGUUGGAGGCAGUGAUAUUUGUCCCUGAUUGCUAAAGCGUUUUCUAUAUUGUCUAUAAAUCCAACAAGUGCGAUGAAGCCAACAUUAAAGGCCCAAUUUGCCUCAGAAUUGCUUUUAUUUUCACAUUUUUAAUGUCCUUAAGAAUGAAAAAAAUAUUCGUUUCUGAGGCAUAGUGUGCCUUUAAGUUUCAGAAAUCCGUGCAGUAUUGAAAGGAAGUUGAGAGUUUCUUCUGGAAAAUUUAAAUUCAGGGGAAUUUCCCACUGAUGUAUAGUGAAUUAAUUUAAUUUCCUUGGCAUGAAAUUUCGUGGUUUUGUUUCAAAGGAUAUUUUAUGGGUUUUUAUAUCCAUGGAUUGUAUAUUUUAGCAAAAAAGGAAAAUGCAAAUAAUGGAAAAGUAAAAAAUAAAUAUUAUAAUGUAAAAAAAUUAUACAAUAGACAAAAUGAAAUUUCAUUGGAUGUUAAAUUUGUGGAUUAAAUUUGUGCCACACAAAUAGUGAUGAUUUUGCAGUAAAUGGUAGAAAUAAUUGGCAAUGUAAACAUGUCUUAGCCAAAAAUGUAUAACAUACAUAAAAUGGUAAUAAAUAAAUUCCAAAAUGGAAA